CAGUGCAAGUGCCCUCAGCUGUUGAACUGAGUGUCAGCCAUCAGUUCUUUCAGCCCCACAGUUUGAGACAGCUUUGUGAUGGAUCAUCUCUUUUAGCCAGGGUGCUACCAGUGCUUUGCUCAUUGUCUUCCUCAUUGUGGAUGACCUGCUGUGUCAUCCCCCAGGCAGGCAGUGUCCUGCAGCUGGGCUGUGGAGGGCUGGGCUGGGACAGGGACUGCUGCGUUCCCUCACAGCUCCCCUGCCAUUUCUCUUGUCCCUGCAGGCUCCAGUUGGACUUCUGCCUUCCGGCCGUGAUCAUCUCACCUGCAGGAGAGCAGCAGAUGGCCACAGCACAUCCGUGUCAGGAGCCCGUGAGCUUUGCGCAGGUGGCCGUGUAUUUCAGCAGGGAGGAGUGGGCGCUGCUGGACCCUGCGCAGCGAGCGCUCUACCGGGACGUGAUGCUGGAGACGUACCAGUGCGUGGCCUCGCUGGCUCCACUUCCAGCCCACAAACCCAUGGUGAUCUCCCUGCUUGAAGGAGGGGAAGACCCCUGGAUCCCAGAUGUGCGUAGCCCUGAGGCUGUGCCAGGAGACCUCAGCCCAGCAGGAACUCGGAUUGCAGAUGUAUUGGAGGAUCUGCAGGAAAGUGGAGUGGCCGAAAGGUGGUUGGGUAGUGUCUGUGUGGAAGAAAUCAGGAGGGAUGUCCAAGGAGGCCUGGAGCAAGGUCAGAGUGAGUGCAUCAAGAAUCCACUGGGAAAGUGUCUGGUAAAGACAGUAAGCAGCCCACUGGACUUCAACAUAGGUGAAAAGUGUCCUGAAGAACCCAGGAGCAAGGAUGUGAGCCAGAAGAAAAAGCAGGAUCCAUGCACUGAGCUUUGUGGGAGCUUUAAAGUAGAUUCCAGCAUCAUUAACCAACAGUGCAUACACUCAGCACAGAGCCCAUACAAGUGCUCUGAUUGUGGAAGGUGCUUCAAAAAGAGAUCCCAACUAACCCGCCACAAGCACAUCCACACAGGACGGAGACCCUUUAAGUGCUCUGAGUGUGGGAAGAGCUUCAAAAGUAGUUCCCACCUCACCUCCCACCAAUACACCCACACAGGAGAGAGACCCUACAAGUGUACUGAGUGUGGGAAGAGCUACGGAAGCAGUUCCUACCUCACCUGCCACCAGCGCAUCCACACAGGAGAGAAACCCUAUAAGUGCUCUGAGUGUGGGAAGAGCUUUAAAAGGAACUAUGAAUUGAAGCAGCACCUGUGCACCCACACAGGAGAGAGACCCUACAAGUGCUCUGAGUGUAGGAAGAGCUUCAGAAACCAUUCCCACCUCAGUUUCCACCAACGCAUUCAUACAGGAGAGAGACCCUACAAGUGUCCUGAAUGUGAGAAGAGCUUCAAAAGGAACUAUGAAUUGAAGAAGCACCAUCGCAUUCACACAGGAGAGAGACCGUUUCAGUGUCCUGAGUGUGGGAAGAGCUUCAAAAGCAGUUCUGAAUUGAAGCAGCACCAGCGCGUCCACACAGGAGAGAAACCUUUUACAUGUCCUGAGUGUGGGAAGAGCUUCAAAACCAGUUUUGAAUUAAAGGUGCACCGGCGCAUUCACACAGGAGAGAAACCUUUUACAUGUCCUGAGUGUGGGAAGGGCUACAAAAGCAGUUCUGAAUUAAAGCUGCACCGGCGCAUCCACACAGGAGAGAAACCUUUUACAUGUCCUGAGUGUGGGAAGGGCUACAAAAGCAGUUCUGAAUUGAAGCAGCACCAGUGGAGCCACACAGGGGAGAGACCCUACAAGUGCUCUGAGUGUGGGAAGGGCUUCAAAAGCCGUUCCCACCUCAGUUUGCACCAACGCAACCACACAGGAGAGAGACCCUUUCAGUGUUCUGAAUGUGGGAAGAGCUUCAAAAGCCGUUCUGAAUUGAAGCAGCACCAGCGCAUCCACACAGGGGAGAGACCCUACAAGUGCCCUGACUGUGGGAAGAGCUUCAAAAGCAGUUGUCAAUUGAAGCAGCACCAGCGCGUUCACACAGAGGAGAGACCUUUUCAGUGUCCUGAGUGUGGGAGGAGCUUCAAAGGCAGUUCUGAAUUGAAGCAGCACCAGCGCAUCCACACGGGGGAGAGACCCUACAAAUGCCCUGAGUGUGGGAAGAGCUUCAAACGCAGAUCUAAUCUCAAUACCCACAAGCAUAUCCACAAAGCACAAAGGCUGUAGAAGCAUCCCCAAGAUAUGAGGAACCUUCAAAAGCAGUUCCAGCCUCAUUACCUACCAGCACAGCCACACAAGAUACAGAACCUGCACAGCCCCGAACAUGGGCAGAGCUUCAGCCAGAGCUCCAGCCUGGUCACCACCCUGUCACUUUGUGUGGUGAUGAACCUUACAAAUCCCUUGAGUAGAGGAAGAGCUCUGCGGCCAAACUCAAUCCUCUUUCUCCUUCUUUGCAUGGGAAUUAUGCAUAUUGUUCUCUUACAGCUGCAGUUGCUGUGUUGAGUGGCGAUGCAAAGGAGAAUCCAGAGAGGGAUGUGUCACAGCCACUGGAAACCCUCUGCCAGUUUGGCAUAUUUCUGCCAGGGCUGUGUGCAAGGAGAGUCACAUCUUACUUCCCCUGUAGAUACUCAUCUGCUGUGGGGCAGCAGGUGAGGACCCAAAGGAAACCUCAGCUGGGCUGAUACGUCACCAGGAAGGAAGAAAUCCUGUCUGCAGGUAGUGUGGGAAGAGCUUCAUCUGGAGCUCAAGCCAGAGAACCAACCCAAGAGGAGAGUCCCUGUGAGUGCCUUGACUGCAGGAAAUGGUCCGUCCACAGCUGGAAGUUCAUCACACACCAGUGGAUCCACACGAGGAACCCUACAGGUGUGCAGCCUGCAAGAAGAGCUUUGGCCACAGCUCAAACCUGCUGCGGUACUGGAGUGUCUGCACUUGGGUGAAGUCCAAUCCGUGCCUGCACCAGUGAGUUCAUGUGGCUGGAAGCCUUAGAAAUGCCUCGAGUGUGAGAAGGGCUUUGUGCAGAGCGCAGAGCUCCUCACGUGCAUCCCAGAAUGCCGUUGGCCUUUUUGGCCACAAGGGCACACUGCUGGCUCAUGGCCAACCUGUCGUCCACCAGGACGCCCCCGUCCCUCUCUGCAGAGCUCCUCUCAAGCAGGUCAUCUCCCAACUUGUACUGAUGCAUGCAAUUAUUCCUCCCUAGAUGCAAGACUCUAUAUGUGUUUUUGUUAAACCUUAUCUGGUUUCUUGCUGCCCAGCUCUCCAGCCUGUCCAGGUCUCGCUGAAUGGCAUCACAGCCUUCAGGUGUGUCAGCCAAUCCUCCC